AUGAGUAGUGGAGGUGGCGGCCUAAGCAAACUAGGCACAGCACUAACUAUAAUAUUUGUAAUCGCACUGGUGGCACUCUUCACUGAACUUUUCUAUGUCUUGUGGCGCCGCCGUGUCUUCCGCCGUCAAAAUCCCACCGUCGUCCAAGGAGGUGGAGAUCAACUAUCCCAGUAUUCUUCAGACUGCUCUGUAUCUUCCGCAGCUUCCUCCAAAGAGCUCCUCUACUUCUUCUGCAUUAGACCACGAGAAACCAACUCAAAUACGGACAGUCUGAACUCGAACGCGCCGCCGCAGAUGGAUAUAGAUGUGCUGAAACUUCAGGGCAUGUAUGGACCGUCAAGAUUCUUGUUUACUAUUAAUGAAGAGGAGAGAGAAGAUUUUGAAUUGCCUCCUGCAGAAAAAGAUCAGAAUCAGAGCGAGACAGUCAGCUUGGAGGACGGUUUCAAUUUGACUGAAGAGUCACAGGAGGAGUUUGUGGUGGUGGUGGCGGCAGCGGAGGAGGAGGUUGAUCAUGUUAGAGGUAUUGACGUGACGCCAUUUUCAACGCCUUGUGGUUCGCCCGUUUAUUUCACUCCCUCCGCUUCUCCGGUUCACGAAUUGGUCCGUGCUCGGUCCAUAGAAGAAGGCAGUGUUUCUGUUAUUGAAACGACGGCGUUUGCAGGGGGAUAG